AUGGCUGAUAUAUCAGCCCUUACGGCUUUAGCAGCUGCCUCAUCAAACGUCUAUCAUCAUCAUCAUCAUCAUCAAGCGGCAUCUAGUGGCGGCGGCGGAAUCGGCGGUACUGCUGGCCUAAACGGAACGGCAGCCAAUAAUUUACACAAUCUACAUCAUCGUCGUCCAACAAUCGAUCAAUUACGUUCAAUGAAUGAUCGCAGUGUCUUGUCGUCGCUGAGUCACUUGACUACAGCCGAUUUGCGUACAGCCCAAUUGGUCCACGAAUACAAUAAACCCUUCAAUAUUAAUGAGUUUCGUCAAAAUGUUGAACGUUUAGAUUAUUCGUUGAAAAAUGGUUUGGUAGGCGUUAAUUUGCAGCAGCAGCAACAACAACAGCAGCAACAGCAAUUGCAUCUACAACAACAACAGUUAAAACAAUCGUACAGUCCGCCAAAUUCACCGCCAACACCGAAUAUGACCGAACAGCCGGAACAGAAGUACGAUCCCAACGCUGCAAUGCAACAGCAACAACAACAGACAACGCAACAGAAAUCACAUCGAUCACAUCAUCAUACCUCACCGGAUGGCCGCGAGACCAAACCCUACAAAUGUACCCAAUGUACCAAAUCGUUUGCCAACUCAUCGUACCUCUCCCAGCAUACACGCAUCCAUUUGGGCAUUAAACCCUAUCGCUGUGAAAUUUGCCAGCGGAAAUUCACCCAGCUGUCACAUCUCCAACAACACAUACGCACCCAUACCGGUGAUAAACCCUAUAAAUGUCGUCAUGCCGGUUGCCCCAAGGCCUUCUCACAACUCUCUAAUUUGCAGUCGCAUUCGCGGUGUCAUCAGACCGACAAACCCUAUAAAUGUAAUUCCUGCUACAAGUGUUUCACCGAUGAAAUGACCCUGCUCGAACACAUACCCAAACACAAGGAUUCGAAACAUCUGAAGACCCACAUUUGUAAUUUGUGCGGUAAAUCCUACACCCAAGAAACAUAUCUGGAAAAGCAUUUGCAAAAACACGCCGAGAAGGCGGAGAAGCAACAGCAGCGUCAUUCAAAUUUGAACGUGCAACAUCAUGUACCGGCUGGCGGGAUUGGUUUGAGUUUACAACGGCAGGUGGUAAUGAAUGCUGCCGCUGCGGGAGAUGCUAAUGCGGCCUAUUGGGCCAAGGUAAGUGCUGAUGGGGCGGUAAAUGCUGCCACCUUGGCCGAGGCCAUUCAACAGCAACAACAGGCCCAGGCCCAACAGCAACAGGCACAAAAUGGUUAUAACUUUACAACGCUACAACAUCAACAGCAGCAACAACAACAGGAAUUGCUGCAGCAUCAUCAACGUUUGGUUAAUGGCAAUGCCAACGGUAGUGGUGGUGGUGGUGGCGACAGUGCAAACAGUGGCAACACACCCAAUCAUUCGCAGAGUCCCAUCGAACAGGGUGAGGAUUUGGUGAUACGUCAAUCGUCACAACAACAACAGCAGCAGCAACAACAUCAUCAGCAACAACAACAACAGCAGCAACAAUCAUCGCAUUCACCCAACAAUAUGGUAGUGGUGAAUUCCUCACCGUAUGAUGUCAAGACCACAUCAGCUUUUACACCCAUUCCCACGGCACCCAGCCAUUUACAGGCGGCAGCAUUGGCCCAACAAAGGGCUGCCGCCCCACCCGCUGCAGCCUAUAUCUAUCAACAGAAUGCCGCUGCGGCAGCAGGAUUCCCGACACAGUUAAUAUCGUUGCAUCAGAUACGCAACUAUGCCCAUCAACCGGGAGCAACAGCAGCCGGACUGCUGGCCGGUGAUCAUUUGUUGGGUUUGAGUGUUACAGCUGGCGGUGGUGGAGGCGCGGGAAAGGAUAAAACACAAUAGUAUAACUCUCCCUCGUCGUCGCCAUCGGCUUCGAGUACAAGUUCAUCGACCGCAUCAUCAACUGUGGUUAAGAGGCAAAAAUUGUA